UAGUUUAGUGUCUUCGUCGUUGUUUCCCCACAACACCAAUCGCAUAAUCGAUUUCUUCAACUAAAGUGAGAGAGAGAGAGAGAGAGUAAAAGGGGGGGGGAACGAAACCCUAAUUCAAUUUCCUUGUCAAUAAUAGCUCACAUGGCGUCCAGAAACUUUCAGUGGGAGUUUCUCGCAGCUUCUCUGACUCUAACUUUAGCUCUGAUUCACCUGGUGGAAGCAAACUCCGAGGGAGAUGCUCUCUACGCUCUACGCCGGAGCUUAUCGGACCCAGACCAUGUUCUCCAGAGCUGGGAUCCCACUCUUGUUAACCCCUGCACCUGGUUCCAUGUCACCUGUAACCAAGACAACCGUGUCACUCGCGUGGAUUUGGGUAAUUCAAACCUUUCUGGAUAUCUUGCACCUGAGCUUGGGAAGCUCGAGCAUCUCCAGUAUUUGGAGCUGUACAAAAACAACAUCCAAGGAACUAUACCUUCUGAACUUGGAAACCUGAAGAGCCUCAUCAGCUUGGAUCUUUAUAACAACAAUCUUACUGGGAAGAUUCCUACUUCUUUGGGGAAACUGAAGUCUCUGGUCUUUCUACGACUCAAUGACAACCAAUUGACUGGUCCAAUCCCUAGAGAACUCACCAAAAUCCCAAGCCUCAAAGUUGUUGAUGUGUCAAGCAAUGAUUUGUGUGGAACCAUCCCAACAGGUGGACCUUUUGAACACAUUCCUUUGCAGAACUUUGAGAACAACUCGAGAUUGGAGGGGCCGGAACUAAUUGGUCUUGCAAGCUACGACACCAACUGCAACUGAGGGGACUGGUAACAUCUGAAACACAAGAAAUGGUGGGGUGGCCUUGUAAGAACACUUCACCACUUCAUCAAAUAUCACAUCUACUAUUAUGUAAUAAGUAUAUAUAUGUCCUAGCUGAAAAAAAAAGAGAGUCAGAAUCAGUAGUCAUCUGUCUCAGUUGAGACUGACCAGCCCAAAGACUGUGGUUGCUGUAAUGUAAUGAUCGUGUGUGACACUGAGAAGUAACGUUGGUUUUGGUAUCAAGUUCUUUGCCUUGUUUGCAUUAACAUAUGUGUGUAUGAUCUGUGACUUCUAUCAUAUAAAGCAAAAAAAAAAAAAACUAUUGAUUUA